AAAUAGUGCGUGUGCCGGGAGCCGCCGUGUCAGUUCUCCUGUCGGCCGGGCUGAAGAGGACGAAAGUGACCCAGUGGACAUCAGUGGAUAUACAAAUAUGCGUGCCUUACAAGUAUUCGCAUUCGUCGCAGCUUGCGCCGCUGCUAGCGCCGGCUAUAUAGGCCACUCUGGCUACGGUGGCCACGGUGGCUAUGCUGGCUACGGCGGCCAUGGUGGCUACGGUGGCUACGGGGGCUAUACUGUCGCGCAUGAUGAUGGCCACCACGGAGACUAUCAUUCGCAUCCCAAAUACGCGUUCGACUACUCCGUGAAGGAUCCUCACACCGGCGACCACAAGACCCAGUGGGAAACGCGCGACGGUGAUGUCGUUAAAGGCGCAUACUCCCUCGCCGAACCUGACGGCACCACCCGCAUCGUAGAAUACACCGCCGACAAGCAUAAUGGCUUCAACGCAGUGGUCAAGCGCAUCGGCCACGCUCACCACCCGCAGGCGUACGGUCACGACGCACACGGUUACUACGGAUACCACUAGGUGGCGCUGAAAUCAAACAACCGCUUUACCAAAUAGUAACGAUGGAAUAAUAGAUGGCGUUAAGAGUAUUUAAAUAGGCGCUCUAGUUACCUUUUGAGAAUUGACGUUCUGUGAUAUAAACUGGAUUUUCUAUGAUUUUUCCAGUUAAUAC